CAGGCCGGAGUCCAGAUGGGCAAUGCCUGCUGGGAGCUGUACUGCCUGGAGCACGGCAUCCAGCCUGAUGGUCAGAUGCCCAGUGACAAGACUGUUGGGGGUGGAGACGACUCCUUCAACACCUUCUUUAGUGAGACCGGGGCCGGCAAGCAUGUCCCUCGUGCCGUCUUCAUCGAUCUGGAACCCACAGUGAUUGAUGAGGUUCGAACUGGCAAGUACCGCCAGCUCUUCCACCCCGAGCAGAUGAUCACUGGGAAGGAGGAUGCCGCCAAUAACUACGCCAGGGGGCACUACACCGUCGGUAGAGAGUCUGUCGAUAACGUCAUUGAUAUAAUUCAUAAGAUGACUGAACAGUGUUCCGGUCUUCAGGGCUUUUUCGUCUUCCACAGUUUCGGUGGUGGCACCGGGUCGGGCUUCAGUGCCCUGCUCAUGGAGCGACUAUCAAUGGACUACGGCAAGAAGUCCAAGCUGGAGUUUGCCGUCUACCCUGCUCCACAGAUGGCCUCGGCGGUGGUGGAGCCUUACAACUCCAUCCUCACCACUCACACCACCCUUGAGCACACCGAUUGUGCCUUCAUGGUCGACAACGAAGCCAUCUACGAAAUCUGCAAGCGUAACCUCAAAAUCGAAAUGCCGACUUUCGCAAAUCUUAACCGCCUUAUUGCGCAGAUUGUGUCGACAGUGACCGCGUCUUUGCGUUUCGACGGCGCCCUCAACGUCGACCUGAAUGAGUUUCAGACAAACUUGGUACCCUACCCGAGGAUCCACUUUCCGCUUGUGACGUAUGCACCUGUGGUUUCCGUCGAGAAGGCAAGUCAUGAGCAACAUGACGUUCCUGAGCUCACUUAUGCCUGUUUCGAGCCGGCCAACCAGAUGGUGAAGUGCGAUCCCCGUCACGGCAAGUACAUGGCUUGCUGCCUCCUGUACCGUGGUGAUGUCGUCCCCAAGGAUGUCAACGCUGCCAUCGCAACCAUCAAGACCAAGCGUACCAUCCAGUUCGUUGACUGGUGUCCAACUGGCUUCAAGGUUGGCAUCAACUACCAGCCACCCACCGUGGUGCCUGGUGGCGAUCUGGCCAAGGUGCAGCGUGCCGUCUGCAUGCUGAGCAACACCACCGCCAUCGCUGAGGCCUGGGCUCGUCUGGAUCACAAGUUUGAUCUGAUGUACGCCAAGCGUGCCUUCGUCCACUGGUACGUAGGAGAGGGUAUGGAGGAGGGUGAGUUCUCUGAGGCUCGUGAGAAUCUGGCCGCCCUGGAGAAGGACUACGAGGAGGUUGGGGUCGACUCAAUUAUAGAGGACAGUGAUGAAGAGUACGAUGCAGAUGAAAUAUAA